UCUCUCUCUCUCUCUCUCGUUUCGUCCCCAGAAAAAAAAUUGUCCGACAUGAAACCAAAUAGGUAAUAAAAAAAAAACAAAUCUGCGUGUAAGGGAUAAGAGUUUCGUGCUCGUGAUUUUUGAUUCCGGUCUCUCCAUUAUCGAUUUCAGACAACCACAUUGGUCCUAGAUCUGAACAAAAAGAAGAUAAAAACAUCCCCACGGAUUGGAUAUUACGAUUAGCUUGACAUCGAGAUUCGAUUGUUUUGUUCUGUUCGAGGGUCACGACACGAGGGAGCGAGUUGAUUUGGUUUGGAUCCUCUUUCUGGAUCUAAUCUGUGGGGGGGACAUUGUUAGGUGGGAUCUGAAAGAAGGGAGAGAUGGUGGAUGUAUCGGCGGUUAGCGAAGAGCUGGCUGAGCUCGAAGGACAAAUCAAUGACAUCUUCCGUGCUCUGUCAAAUGGAUUCCAGAAGCUGGAGAAGAUCAAAGAUGCUAAUAGGCAGAGUAGGCAGCUCGAAGAGCUCACUGAUAAAAUGCGUGACUGCAAGAGCCUUAUUAAAGAUUUCGAUAGGGAAGUCAAAAGCUUGGAAAGUGGAAACGAUGCCAACACUAACCGGAUGCUGAACGAUAGACGUCAAUCUAUGGUUAAGGAACUAAACUCAUAUGUUGCUCUUAAGAAGAAAUAUUCAUCCAAUCUGGCAAGCAAUAACAAGCGAGUAGAUCUUUUCGAUGGACCUGCUGAAGACCACAUGGAAGAGAAUGUCUUACUUGCUUCAAACAUGUCCAAUCAAGAACUAAUGAAUAAAGGAAACUCCAUGAUGGAUGACACUGAUCAAGCAAUUGAAAGGGGGAAAAAGAUUGUUCUGGAGACUAUAAAUGUGGGAACAGAUACUUCAGCAGCUCUCAAGGCUCAGACCGACCAAAUGAGUAGAGUCGUCAAUGAACUUGAUUCUAUCCAUUUCUCACUCAAGAAGGCCUCCAAGCUGGUCAAGGAAAUUGGUAGGCAGGUUGCCACAGACAAAUGUAUUAUGGCAUUCCUUUUCCUUAUUGUCAUUGGUGUAAUAGCCAUCAUCAUCGUCAAGAUUGUGAACCCAAACAACAAAGACAUCCGUGACAUACCUGGCCUAGGCCUAGCUCCCCCAGCCAUGAACAGACGUUUACUCUGGAACCAUUACUGAAAACAAAAAUUUCACCUUUCAUGCAUUCAUAAUACUGCUACGUUGGGCAGGCUUCUUGGUCCUUCCAUUAAGUCCAUGUUGCUGUAGAUGAGACCCGCAUCACUUGAGAAAAUUAACCAGUUUUUUAUUCCCAUGGCUUUUGGCUGCUGCGCAUUUGAGAAGUUGCAGGAAUCAUAUUCCUUUUCAUUACAAUCCCAGAUUCAAAAAAAAAAAUCAUCCUUGUUGUUCAUGUGCUUUGUAUAACAAAUGGAAUGUUAUAUCAUAUAUUCUUAUGCAUGUCUAUUUUUGUUAAAACGCCUUCUCUGUUU